AUGGAGCGACCCACCAAAAGAGCUCGCACAUCCGAUAUCAAGGAAGUAGAAACUUCGGCCGCAGCCGCUUCCGAUAGACCUCAGUCUCUCAUCAAACCGAUCAGUCCUCCUAGAAGGAGAAAUCGAACAGGCCAGCGCAUCAAGUCGCCGUUUCAGCUUACCAGGAUUCGAGACCUACCAGAGGCUGCAAAUCAAGACACCAUCACACUCAAGGACAUACUCGGGGACCCUCUCAUUGCCGAAUGCUGGGAGUUCAAUUUUCUACACGACAUACACUUCCUUAUGAGUCACUUUGACGAGGACACUAAAAACUUUGUUAAGGUUCACGUUGUCCAUGGAUUUUGGAAGAGGGAAGAUCCUAAUCGGUUGGCUCUCCAGGAAGAUGCUGCAGCUUACAGUAAUGUACAGCUUCAUUGCGCUUUCAUGCCAGAGAUGUUUGGCACCCACCACUCCAAGAUGAUGAUUUUGAUCCGGCACGACGAAUCAGCCCAAGUAGUCAUACACACUGCUAAUAUGAUCGCCAAGGACUGGACCAAUAUGACAAAUGCUGUUUGGAUGUCUCCUCUGCUUCCUCUUCUCAAAGAAAAGGAUGUGCCAAUGGGCAAUGACCCAAUUGGUACAGGCAAGAAGUUCAAGUAUGAUCUUCUGAGCUACCUAAGAGCAUAUGACGUUCAGAGGCCUACAGUUAGAGACCUAGUUGAUCAGCUAGGUCGAUACGAUUUUUCAAGUGUUCGAGCCGCACUUAUUGCAAGCGUUCCUGGCCGUCAUUCACUUCAUGAUACUUCUCAAACCACAUGGGGCUGGCUGGCCCUGAAGCGUGCAUUGCGUACCGUUCCCGUGCAAGAGGGCAGAAGGUCAGAAAUUGUGGUUCAGAUCUCAUCCAUCGCCACUCUAGGUGCUACCAACAGCUGGCUUCAGAGUUGUAUCUUCGAUUCCCUAUCCGAGAACAGCAACAAGUCUCCAGAUAACCCCAAACCGACAUUCCGAGUUGUUUUUCCUACGCCAGAUGAGAUUAGACGAAGCUUGGAUGGCUAUGCGUCUGGUGGGUCGAUUCAUACGAAGAUCCAAUCUCAGCAGCAGGCAAAGCAACUGGCUUACCUGCAUCCUAUGUUUUGUCACUGGGCGAAUGAUGCUCCCAAUGGAAAGGUAUUACCGGACACUGCCACAAACCAAGAGGCCGGCAGAAAGCGAGCGGCACCGCACAUUAAGACGUAUAUAAGAUAUGGUGAAAAUUCAGUCGACUGGGCAAUCCUUACAUCGGCCAAUAUGUCAAAGCAGGCAUGGGGAGAAGCAGUCGGAGCGGGGCAAGAAGUCAGGAUCGCCUCAUGGGAAAUCGGUGUUUUGGUGUGGCCCUCACUCAUUGCCGACAAGGCGACCAUGGUGGGAACAUUUGAGACAGACAUGCCUUCCAGGGACUCUGCAGAUGGCAACCCAGUGGUUGGAUUACGCAUACCCUACAACCUCCCACUACAGCAAUAUGGGAAGGACGAAAUACCUUGGGUUGCGACGAUGGUCCACACUGAACCGGACAGAAUGGGUAGGUCUUGGAGUGCUGAGUAG